CUCCCCUUCUCGUUCGCAGCUUCGUUUAGACUCGCCAUUAAAGGACCUUGAUUUCGAGGAGGAAAUCUAGGGUUAGGGCUUGCUCUUCGAUGAGGGGUUUGUAGAUCUUGAUCGGAGGAGAAGGCCACGAGGGAUGGAGGUGACCGUUGGACUGAGUUCGAGAUCGAUUGGGCUUCAGAGGAGGGAAUGGGAUUUCUCUCGGUGUUUAGUGGAGAGGAAGAGAGUUCCGGCGCUCAGCUUGAGCGUUCGGAGUUGGAAUGGAGCUCCGAUUCGGAUGAACAACGAUUACACCCACCCCAAGCAUAAGGUUUAUUGUUCUACUAAGAGGACCGGAGCUGGAGCUUCAGGGUCUGAGGAUUUUCAUAACUCUGUUGAUGAAGCCCUCAUCUUAAAGAGAAAAUCAGAAGACGUUGCUCCAUAUUUAUGUGGACGGUGUUUAUAUCUAGUUGGAAUGAUGGGUUCUGGGAAGACCACAGUCGGAAAGAUCUUAUCAGAAGUCUUAGGCUAUUCUUUUUUUGACAGUGAUAAGCUUGUGGAGCAGGCUGUUGGAAUGUCUUCUGUUGCUCAGAUCUUUAAAGAACACAGUGAGGCUUUCUUCCGGGACAAUGAGAGUGAAGUAUUAAAAGACUUAUCAUCAAUGCGUCGGUUGGUUGUUGCAACAGGAGGUGGUGCUGUAAUCCGUCCAAUCAACUGGCGAUACAUGAAACAGGGGAUCACAGUUUGGUUAGAUGUGCCUCUUGAAGCUCUAGCUAAACGAAUUGCUGCUGUAGGAACUGAUUCUCGCCCUCUUUUACAUGAAGAGCCUGGUGACCCUUACACAAAAGCAUUUACACGGCUCACCACUCUCGCUGAACAAAGGGGAGAAGCUUAUGCUAAUGCUGAUGCUAGAGUUUGCUUAGAAAUGAUUGCAUCAAAACAAGGUCACAGUGAUGUUUGUACACUGACACCAAUUGCCAUUGCCAUUGAGGCUCUUAUCAAAAUUGAAGCCUUUCUAAAUGAGAAAGCACCAAUUACAAAGCGUGCAUUUCUUCAGGGUUGAAGCAUCAACCUGAAGAAAUGAAUAUAUAUAUAUAUAUAUAUACAUCCUUGGCAAUGUAUUGGAUCCUUAUAUUGUUCACAGUACCAAUCCAAUGUAUUUGUUCAUUCAGAUUUA